CCGAUUUUACACAAGUUAAAAAUGGCGGCAAGUAUCAGCGGCGUGUUGAACACUGAUUUACAAAAUGCGGUGCUGCGAAGUAAGGUCUUGGUUGUGGGUGCCGGUGGAAUUGGAUGCGAGGUGCUUAAAAAUCUCGUGAUGACAGGAUUCACCGAUAUCGAAAUAAUCGAUUUGGAUACUAUUGAUGUGAGUAACUUGAACAGGCAGUUUCUCUUCCAUAAGCAACAUGUUGGCAAAUCAAAAGCUGCAGUUGCCCGGGAAACAGCAUUAAAGUUCAACCCAGAUGUAAAAAUUACUCAUUAUCAUGAUAGUAUUACAACUUCAGAUUAUGGUGUCAGUUUCUUCAAAAAGUUUAAUCUAGUGAUGAAUGCUUUGGACAACAGAGCAGCAAGAAAUCAUGUAAAUCGCAUGUGUCUAGCUGCCGACAUACCUUUGAUUGAAUCCGGAACAGCCGGUUACGAAGGUCAAGUGGAACUCAUUAAAAAGGGAUUGAGCCAGUGUUAUGAAUGCACUACAAAAGCCCCACAGAAAACUUAUCCUGGUUGUACCAUUCGUAACACUCCUAGUGAACCAAUCCAUUGUAUCGUCUGGGCAAAACAUUUGUUCAAUCAACUUUUCGGCGAGGAAGAUCCGGAUCAAGAUGUUUCACCUGAUACAGCAGAUCCAGAAGCAGCUGAUACUGCGGGUGAAGGUGCAUUACAGACAGAAUCAAAUGAUAAAGGGAAUGUAGAUCGGGUCUCAACUCGCACCUGGGCUCAGUCCAGUGGUUAUGAUCCAGAAAAGUUAUUCAUGAAAUUAUUUCAUGAUGAUAUUAUGUACCUUCUCAGUAUGGACAACUUGUGGAAGAAACGCAGACCUCCCGUACCUUUGAUCUGGACUGAUUUACCAGAUGGAGUCGCAGGCUGCAGUAAGGACACAGCAGAACCUGGACUUCGGGAUCAAAGGCAAUGGAGUAUUGCCGAGUGUGGUUCAAUAUUUGCACAGUCUAUUAAGAGUUUAAGUAAAGAAUUAGCAGAACGUCAGGAAAAAUCUCCUUCGGACCAUUUAGUUUGGGAUAAGGAUGACCAGAGUGCCAUGGACUUUGUUGCCGCAUGUGCAAAUAUACGAGCAUAUAUUUUUGGUAUUGCGCAAAAAACUCGAUUUGACAUAAAAUCCAUGGCAGGAAACAUCAUACCUGCAAUCGCUACUACCAACGCCAUUAUUGCAGGCAUUGUGGUUCUUCAUGCAUUUCGUAUCCUCCUAGAUAACUUGAAGGCAUGCAGGUCCGUUUAUCUACGGUCAAAACCCAACCAUAAAAAUUUACUACUUGUCCCUGAAAAAUCAGUUAAUCCACCCAAUCCUUUGUGCUACGUGUGUGCACCAACUCCUCAAGUCACACUGGCCUUAGAUACCACUAAGAUGACAGUUAAGGAACUAGAGGAAACAGUGCUGAAGAAUCGUCUCAAUAUGAUUGCACCUGACGUUAUGAUUGACGGUAAAGGUAUUGUUGUAAUCAGCAGUGAGGAGGGUGAAACUGAGGCAAACAAUGGCAGGAUCUUAGAACAAUUAGGCAUCAGAGAUGGAACAAUUUUGAAAGCUGAUGACUUUCUUCAGAAUUACUCCCUGACAAUCACCAUCGUGCAGAGAGAAGCACCUGCUGUCAAAGGUCAAACCCCAGACUUUCUUAUUGCUGCAGAUCCUGAGGAUCUGAAACCAAAGGAAGAAGAUGACAGUAGCAAAAAACCAUCUACUUCAAACGGACAGGUGGAGAAAUUUGAUCAGGAUGCAGUCGUAUUAGUAGAAACCGAAGUAACACCGCAGUCAUCUGAUGCUGAUGUUUCCAAGAAACGUAAAACAGUCACUCCUCCGCCAGAUGUUGUUAAUAAAAAACUACGAACAGAAAACAGUAACGGAUAUGAAGAUGAUGACAUAUGCAUCAUCGAAGACUCUGACUCAGACAUGCAGUGCAUUUACCAAAAAAGUGUGUCACCAAGUAAACAAACCAAUAAACCCAGUGAAACAAAAUAUGAAACGGAACCUCAGGUUAUACCAAAUAAAUGCAUGCUCCAGAAACACAAGCCCUCACUGGAUGAAGAGUGUCUCAUUGUUUAUGAUGAAGGAGACGAAACACCGAUACCUGCUACAGUAAUGGAGCAAAAGAGGGCAGAAUAGUAUACCAGUAAUUGCCUGAACGUGUCUAAAUGUGUCAGCAUAAUAUUGGUAAGACGCCAGUUGUCCAAUAACAUUUUUCAAUACAAUCCAUUCACCAACAUUCUUAUAUUUUUCAACAUAUUACACUAAUCCAAUGUUUAUAUUAAAUAUGUGAACCAUUCUAAAUAAGGCACAUCAAAGUAGAUCAAUUGAAAUAUUUGCAAAACUGUCAAGCUCUUACUCUUGCGAAUUUACUGUGUAUUGAUUCGUAAAUCCAUUGUCUAUCUAGGUGCGAUUGUAGCAAUGAUGGUAUUUUUGUUAAACGAAACGUCAGUCACGAGUUCGAAGUCUGGUCUGUAAAGUUCUAUUAGGAAAACCCCUUGGCGUAAUGGUCAAUUUUUGUAUAUAAUCAAGUUUUACUUUUGCAGAGAAGUUAUGAUCAAUAUGGAAAAGUAAUUGGCAAAGAUAGAUAGUUUUCUUGGCCUUGUAUUCAAAAUUCUAACAUAUGAAAUUUGUAUUAUUUCUCAGCAACAGCAAGUGUGCAAAUGAUAUAGUAUUGGUUUUGCGUUCACUUAUAAAAUAAUCUU